UUAUGCAAAACUGUCUGAUUCCAUUCAGUGCAAGUCAUCAGAAUAAGGGUCCACCUGGUCUGAAAGGUGACAAGGGCGAUCAAGGUGACCAGGGACCACGGGGACUUCCUGGUCUACCCACCCUGGCUGCAUUACACAGCAAUCAAAUCCUGACUGUGAAGGGUGAUCAGGGUCAAGAGGGGCCCUCAGGACCUCCUGGGCCUCCUGGUCCUCCUGGCCCAAGGGGACCCCCAGGGGACACAGGCAAAGAUGGUCCUCGGGGAGUACCAGGGCUCCAAGGAGACCCUGGGAGUCCGGGGGAUAUCGGUCAAAUGGGACCUGAGGGCCCUCCAGGAGCAAAGGGUUUUAUUGGGCCACCUGGUACUCCAGGAAUUGAUGGAAUAAAGGGUGAAAGAGGUGAACAGGGUGAAAAGGGAGACAUGGGAGAGGAGGGGCCGAAAGGUGACCCUGGAGAGAAGGGUGAUUCAGGGUCUUCCGCUGCUGGCAUCAAGGGUGAGCCAGGUGAGCCAGGACGUGGUGGACAAAAGGGAGAGCCAGGACUUCCAGGGCUGCCUGGACUUCCCGGGAUUAAGGGUGAACCUGGUUUCUUUGGGCCUCAAGGUGAGCCUGGGCUACCAGGCCUGCCAGGAACUAAGGGUGAGAGAGGAGAACCAGGGCCUCCAGGCAAGGGUGAAAGUGGAGAAACAGGUCCAGCAGGGCAGAAGGGAGAGCAAGGGGAAUCGGGGACGCCAGGCUCUAAAGGUUCAAAGGGGGAUACAGGAGACAAAGGCGAUGUUGGCCCAUCAGGACCACAAGGUCCAUCUGGGGAGAAAGGUGACCAGGGUACAACUGAAAUCAUAGACUACAAUGGAAACAUCCAAGAGGCUCUUCAGAAGAUAACAACUAUUACAGUUACGGGUCCCCCCGGGCCUCCUGGGCCAGUUGGACCAAAGGGAAUCAAGGGUGACCAGGGUGUUCCUGGACUUCCUGGACUGGAUGGAGAAAGGGGUCACAAAGGGUCAAAAGGGGACAUGGGAAUGCCUGGAAUAUCAGGAGACAAGGGAGCGAUGGGUCUCCCUGGAUUACAGGGUGUGAAUGGCCUUAAAGGAGACAAAGGAGACGCCGGCCUGCAUGGCCCUCAGGGACCCUUGAUAAUAGGGCCACCUGGUGCACCUGGGCCACAUGGAUCACCUGGCCCCAUGGGUCCUCAUGGAUUCCCUGGGCCAAAGGGGGAACCAGGUUUGCAUGGUCUCAAGGGAGCACGUGGGGAGCUCGGGCAUAAGGGUGACAGAGGACCCCUGGGUCUCCCUGGAGCAUCUGGCUUUGACGGCAAGAUGGGACCCAGGGGAAUGGAUGGACCAAUUGGCGCUCCUGGUCCUGCAGGUCCAAAGGGAGAUAUAGGUGAGAAGGGUGAUGUUGGUGAUCCUGGACCCAGAGGACCAUAUGGAUUACCUGGAGCUGCUGGAACUCCUGGAAUGGAUGGGUUACCGGGCUUAAAGGGAGACAAGGGAGAAGAGGGGGAAAGAGGAGAAAAGGGUUUCCGGGGCUUUAAGGGUGAAAAGGGCGAGCCAGGUCAGCCUGGCCUGGAUGGGCUGGAUGCCCCGUGCCAAUUGGGUCCAGAUGGACUUCCGAUGCCAGGCUGUUGGCAGAAGUGAUCACUCUAACUCUAAACGCAUGGAGUUUGUAAAUAAUGCCUCACUUUUUUUCUCUUUUGUUUUUGUAUUUAUAUUUUUUUUUUAUUCCAAAAAAUGAUCAAGUGAAUUAAAUGUAAAUGAGAGUUGUAGAUGUGUGUAUACAUGGGGAAAAAAUUAAGCUCACGUGUAGCUGCUUCCUCUCACACCCGUGUGGUCAUGGCAACAUGUGUUGUGUUGCAUUCACAUCAGCACUGUGGAAUUUAAACACUUGACCAGCAAGAGACUUGUAUUCAUGAGGACGUGAAUGCCCGGCUUUGCAUGGCCACUGGAAUGAGAGUGAUAUCAAAACAGACUAACAGGGUAAAUGGAAAAGUUGAAAAGAGAAGCUGGAGGAGGCGUUGACUGUGGGAUCUCGAGAGGAUCUUGGUGUACUUAGUGUGUUCAUCUAUACAUUCAUCUCCUCAUCAUUACUACUAGCUCAAAAGACUAAAGACUCCAUCCACACACCCCAAAACAAGCAUGAUGGCAACUUGAAGUUAUAUGUACUGUAUGCAUAUCACUUUGUUGUGUGGCCAAAAAGUGAAUGGCUUCAAAUCACUAGCUGCCUGUCAGUCUUUGUAACUUUGAAUCAAAAAGAUGUGUUCCCCUAAGGGGGUUUCAUUUUUCUUUUUAUUUUCUUCACUUUAUAAAGGGUGUCACGCCUUGGCUGGUGGCUUGAGAAAGUGAUUCUUGGGAAAAGUGACAUUGCUGGUUUUCUUUAUUUUAAAGAGGUCAGUGUGUGAUCUGGCUCUCAGAGCCCUGCCCUUUAGUAAGUGUGACAACAUACAGACUUACAUUAUUGGAAGGACAGAAAAUGGAUCCAUUGUACUGUCUACGGCCACUCCUGAGUACGCUAGGCAAUUGAGAGUCAUUACAGGUGUAAGUAAUGCGUAGGAUGUCACUACAUUCAUCCCUCCACCAGCAAAGUCAUCUUUGUUGACUCUUCAGUGUGGUUCUUUUUGUUGCAUUGUCUUUUUGUAGAGACUGUCAUUCUGCUUAACGACUCCUUUUGUGCUCCAUGAACAAUCCCUCUAAAAUGUGUGUUAAUAUUUUGAUUUGCCCUUUUUGUGUAUUACAGACUUUGGUGCCUGAAUUAAUUUGUUAUUCAUUCCUUUGUUGGAAACAGUUACAUCCUUUCUAUGAUUUGAGUUGUAAAUAUGGCAUUUCAGUGUAUUCUUUUCAGUUUUGCAGCUACAAAAGUCUCAUCAGUGCAGUUUAUGAAUUGUAGGAGCUUAACUGUCAAAAGUGUUAAAUAUUUUACAUUCUAAACAGCUUCAAUAGGACUUGGGAGUGUCAAAGGGACUGUGAGAAUGUUUUCCCUUCAUUCAAUGUAAGUCAGUAUAAUUAAUUACAAUGUUAAUGAAUGAACAAGGUGCAAACAUACAGCAGUCGUAGCAGAGCUUUAUUCUUUAGCAAUGAGUAUAAUUAAAUAGCGUUUAACAGAUGCAUCAGCCAGCACCUCUACAGUACAUUCCAGAGUCCAUCCGAUUUUAUCAUUAUGUUCAUUUAUUAUUACAACUUUAAAAUAGACCAUUACUUUGUAAUGAGACUACAUCACAAAGCAUGCUUGCUUGAAAAAUUACUGUUAUAAGGUUUGAGGAGAUAGGAUUGAGGAUUCUUUAAACUUCCUAUGGGCAUUUAAGAUAACCACAAUGCAGAACAGUUCUUUGUAUGAACUGUAUGUCCUGUACUAGGGAGAUUAUUUUCGUUAUUUCGUUAUUUUUAUCUGCUAUUUUAUAUACUGCAACACUUUUUAUUGUUAAGAUGGCAGACUGGUUUAUAAACAGGCAUUCCUUGUAACAUGAGGCAUCGAAAGACCUUCACCAUACAGUACUUCUGUUUGUGCUCACAUGUGAUUAUUGUACAGUAGGUGCUUUUUGUUUGCUUGUUUUUAUUGUUCUUUUUUGCCAACAUUUUCCAUUAAUUAGUUCAUAAAGAUAUCACUGAAGUGAAUAUUUGGUGGGGAAUUCUGGUCAAAAUGUGAUUAGAUCCUGACUGAGUUGAAGGAAUAAGUGUUAUUGACAUGUAACAAUGUAAUGUAAAAGUAUAUGCAACAAAUGUAACAGUCUCUGCCCUACUUCUUUCUUUCUUUGUCUCCAUAGCUAGUUGCAUUGAAUGUAGAUUAAUAUAUGUAUAGUGGACUAUGAGUGUGCAGUUAAAUAUUUGUUAAUUUGAUUAAAAAGUGCAAUUUAUAUUUCUCUUUUAUGUACUGAUGUAUUGUGUACAAUAUACAAACGCAACUUGAUGUCAGCUACUCAGCAGUAUUAUAUGUAAUAUAUGAGAAUAUAUUUUAACUCACUUUAAUUCACUUUCAUGUUGGCACUGGUGAGUGCAGCAUACGGUUACAAACAAGACUGAAAACCGUAACAACUAAGCUGUAUUUUUGCAUAUAUUUGAUUUGAAACUGUCUAACUGUUAAAUUGCAUGCAUACCAGUCACAUUUCAUUUAAUUUCUCUAUAAGCCAUUUGUAGGCAUUUUCAUGAUCAUGAUUUAAUUGAAGUAUUUUUGCAACAACAACAUCUUUUACAGGUGUUUUUGAAGAGAGUUUUGUCUUUUAUGUAUAUACAGAAGGCACGGGAGCCAAAUGUGUCUUUAACUUUAUUUUCUUUCAAGAUUUGCAAGACUUUCAACAGUGGUGGUGCUGAACUAAACAUUUCCUUGUUUUACUUUUUUUCCUCUUUUUUUCUUUCUGUAAUUAAAAUACAUUUAUUACAGAAAAUUCCAUUGCUUUAUUUUCCUGAACUUUGUAAGUUAUGACAAUCUAUGAUUUUAUAACACAUAUGUUUAUACAUUGUUGUACUUAUUUCUUUGUUGUAACAUGUAUGCUACUUAUUUUUUCAAUCGAUUUUAUUGAAAAAUGUUAAAACAAGACAAGAUUCAUGCAUACUCCUCAAGACACUACAAAAAAAACAACGUAAACAAGAAUAACAGCAGCAACUGUUGUGUCUUAGGGGUUAUGGAUAAAGGUUUAAACAUUUAUUGUGCAUAAUUUAAACAUUUAUGUACAUAAUUUUAUCAGGUUUUGUUGAGGUAAUCAUUGUGAACAUUGGUAUAGCCCACAGUGGUCAAAUUAUCAUCUCAUUUUGGCCAAUAUUUUUGUUGCGAGAAAAAAAAAGUUUAUUCUGUGUCUGUUGAUUCUUUAAUUGCUUUGUUUUUGUUUUUACUUCAUGUGUUGUUGUUUUGUCUUUUAAACAAAAAUAUUGUUUGGGAUUUGCUACAUGAUUGUUCAUUGUUGUUUGUGUCCAUAAAAUGGCUCUGGACACUUAAUUAUGUGACAAUACUGUUG